GUUAGACAUCACUUCCGUUUGUCAAGAGCUUAGGGCCGAUCAGUUACAAUACCACCGCGACUUUGCCGGGACAUUUAUUCACAGGGAAAUACAUUUUUUUUUGCUUGAGUUAAAGAUCUCGGACGUGUGGUUUGGUCAUGAAGGCACCGGUUGUUCUUGUGGUUGUCAUUGUUCUCUGUCAUAGCAUCAAGGCAGAUGACAGCUUUAGUGGGGAAUUUCCGGGAAGCGGCGAAAAAGACUCACCUGAGACAAAAACUAACGAUGACAAGUGUGAGCCAAACCCGUGCCAAAACGGAGGCACCUGUGUUGUUAACUACGAUCUUAUUGAUGGAUACAAAUGUGAAUGUGAAGAAGAUUUUGGUGGGAUAACAUGCAACGAGCUACAAUGCCGAAUAUCUCUGCCACAAUUUUCGUCUCCUCAUUGUGUCGUGAAACGAGAACUCAGCCGACAAAUCAAGAAAACUUUGAUUCGAUUGACCUCGGAUAAAGACAGUGACUAUUCCAACAGAUCAGAGCACCUGUUGGUACCUACUCUUUCCAAGAAAGGAGCAGCGAGCUUUGUACAAAGCGCGUCUACGGAUCCUUUCACAAUUGAAUGGUACAUGAAGAUGACCGAUAACGCAGAUGUCAAUAGAGAUCUGGAGUCGCACUUUACGUUAAAAGAUCCUCGAUUUCACCAAACGCCGACGCUUAUUGAUUUUGCCAUCGUAUUUCUGACGUUCUACAAAGAACACAGGAAACGAAGUGCUAUGAGCUCUUUGAAACUUGUGCCGGCUAUUGAAGAAAAUUUCUUUAAAGAUCGCUGCUUUGCAGAUCAGCGGGUUGCAGGCGCUAAUCCAUUUCAACUUUGGCGAGUAACAAAUGAAAAAGGGGGUAACGGCGUCGAAUGGAAGUCUCUUUUUGAAGAGAAACUGAAUAAAGAUUUUGACUGGGAGUCGAUGUUAAAAGCAGCUCUUGACAACCAAGAUUCUCUAGAGCAGGCUAUAGACAAUGGUGAUGUUUACGUUAACAUUUACCCAGAACUAGACGGAGUUAAAAUGCCCGAGGCACUUUUACGUGACGUUAAAUUCAACCAUACUGUUUUACAAAUGACUUCACCGAUUGCUUUCUUCGUCGUCACAAAAGACGAGCUUGGAAUAAAGCGCCUAAAUCCCGUGGCUAUUCAAAUGGACUCGAAGCUAGAGGCGAAAGUUUACACUCCAAUUUACGGAAAGGACUGGUUCUUAGCUAAGUCAUUUGUACAAAGAGCAGAUUACAAUUCCUUGCAUCUCAUAAGGAAGCGACUCAAGGUUCAUUUGUAUCUCGAUGCGCCGUGUACUUUGGUUGAGAAAUACUUCUCAGAGUACCAUCCUAUCUAUCAGGUUGUGCGACAGCACUGUCGAGCUGCUUUGGAGACCAAUAAGCUGUUUGAAAUCAAACUGUUUGGAAGAAGUGGUCCAAUAUACAAGGUUCUAAGUGUUGACUAUUCUAGUGCUCUUGAAAUUGUAAACAAAGAAUACGAACGAAUGACUUUUGAUGACUUAGAUUUACUAGAAGACCUCAAGAAACGAGGAGUCGAUGACGUAGAGAAGCUUCCAUAUUAUCCGUACAGAGAUGACGGAAAGAUUUUGUAUCAAAAACUUAGUGAAUUUGUUGACGCCUACAUUGACGCGCAGUACGAAGAUGACGACCAGGUGUUAGCAGAUAACGAGCUUCAAGAGUUUGCAAAUGAGUUGUCAGCUGAUGGUACACAUGGUGAUUUUGCAGGACUUGGCAAGGUAAAGAAAUUCCCAGCCAGCAUCAAAACCAAAGCUGCCCUAAGACAAGUGUUAACCACCCUUUUUUGGGCGUUCACUGGCGGCCACGCAGCAAGUACCUACCCUAUACUGGAGUACGGUGGCUUUGUACCAAAUGCACCGCACAGACUGUUUGCAGAUAGUAACGGCAAUACCGAAUUCAGCAAUUUGAUGUUUGGAAACAAAGCUGUAGCACUGGAAAUAGCCGAACUAAGUUCUAACCUGGCAGGAAUUCACCUCGAUCAGUUACUCGAUUAUUCAACAAAGAUUGAAGGUAACAAAGGCAGAGAAGUAGUUGAAAAGUUUCACGACGAACUCAAGAAUGUAGGCCAAGAGAUAACCAAAGCCAACGAUAAGCGAGUAAAGGAAGGUUUUCUGCCAUAUCCAUACCUCCUGCCAGAAUACGUGUCUAACAGUGCAAGCACGUAAUUGGUCCAGAUGGUGUACAUUUCUGACGAUGGGGAACAAUUUUCAAUCUAGAACAGAAGUUUUAAUUAAAUGAAACAUGGCGGCAAAAACGACCUUUUUUUUGUGCACUUAAAUUGGUUGUAAAAUUAACCAGGGAAAAGCCAUUAUCACAAGCUGUCCUUUCAUUCAUAAU